AUGAGGACCCGCCAGGGCGUCGGCCAGGAGGUGACCGCCGUCGUGCGGGCCAUCAAGCCCCACUACUGCAUCGCCUCCCUGCCCUCCCUCGGCCACGCCGUCGCCUUCCUGCCCCUAGCGGAUUACAACAUCCAAGACCCCGCCGUCGCUGCCGCCGGCGCCGCGCCGGCCGCGGCCGCGGCGGCGCGCGGGUGGGCGGCGGGGUCGGAUGUCGCGGCGCGCGUGGCGGCGCUGCCCAGCAGCGCCAACGGCGUGCGGCUCGGGAAGGGCAAGGAGGGCGGCGCGGCGGCGCAGGAGGAGCGGGAGGCCAUCGUCAACGGCACGAUUGUGUCGGUUGGGCCGUUGGGGCUGGAGGUGGCGUACGGCAAGUCCAAGGUUACGGCCGCGUACCUCGGACACAUCAAAGGCCUCGCGGGGCGGCGGGGGAAGGGCGUGGAGAUCAGCCUGCGGCCGUCGGCGCUGGCGGCCGCGCACAAGGGCGAGAAAGUGGCGCCGGCGCUCGUGCCGUCGGAGCUGUCCCCCGGUGACCGCGUGGUCGGCUGGGUGCAGGAGGUCGGGCCAGACGCCCUCUGGCUCUCCCUCGGCCCCGCCGCCAAGGGGCGCGUCCACAUGUUUGACGCCUGCGAUGCGCCUCGCCAGCUGGCGGGGUUCCAGGGGCGCUUCAAGGUGGGGCAGGCGCUGGCGGCGGCGGUUGUGGCGGUGGACGCGAAGCGGCAGAAGCUGGACCUGACGCUGCGCGCUGACGUGGCGAUGCGGCCGCACGCGGCGGGCGCCCCGCCGCUGCCCGCGCCGGGGCAGCUGCUCCUCGGCCGCAUCCAGGCGGCGCGCGGCUCCGGCGUCCUGGUGCAGCUCGGCUGGCACGCCCUCGGGCUGGUUGCUUUGACCGACAUCCACGACUCAUGGGUAGACAAUGCGCUGGCCGGGCUGGCGGAGGGGACCUUCGUGCGCGCCCGCGUGCUCGACGGCCCCCCCGACGCGCGCGGGCGGCUGCGGCUGACGCUGCGGCCGUCAGAGGGCGGCGUGGUGGAGGGGCUGGCGCGGCCAGCGGCAGCGGCGGGCGGCGGGAAGGCGGCGGGGGCGGCGGCGGCGGCGGCGGCGGAGCUGGGGCCGGAGCAGCUGAAGGAGGGGAGCCAGGCUUGUGUCUCCAGGACAGAUCCGUGA